AUGGCUAGAGUCGGUGCUCUUGUCCUGGCUGAAGACAGCCAUAGAGAUCGGCAGAGGCUUAAGUAUGAAGUCAAAGCGCCCAGGAAAGGCCUGGAGGAAGAGGCCCGAGAAAGAGCCCUCCCUCUCUCCCCUGUCCCUCCAUCCACCCAGCGCCGGCAUCUGGAGACCCCAUGGCCCGGGCUCAUGGGGGCUGCUGCCCCUGGCUGGUCCUUCUCUGUGUACCUUCCAGUUACCGUGGUCAACACCACAGUGUCCCUCGCAGCUCUCCGCCAGCAGAUGCAGAUCCAGAAUCUCUCCGCCUACAUCAUCCCAGACACGGAUGCUCACAUGAAUGAGUACAUCAGCCAACGUGAUGAGAGGCGUGCGUGGAUUACAGGCUUUACAGGGUCUGCAGGAACAGCAGUGGUGACCAUGAAGAAAGCAGCCGUAUGGACCGACAGUCGCUACUGGACUCAGGCUGAGCGGCAGAUGGACUGUAACUGGGAGCUCCAUAAGGAAGUUGGCACCACUCCUAUUGUCACCUGGCUCCUCACCGAGAUCCCCGCUGGAGGGCGUGUGGGUUUUGACCCCUUCCUCUUAUCCAUUGACACCUGGGAGAGUUAUGAUCUGGCCCUCCAAGGCUCUAACAGACAUCUGGUGUCCAUCAUAACCAACCUUGUGGACCUGGUGUGGGGAUCAGAGAGGCCACCGGUUCCAAACCAACCCAUUUAUGCCCUGCAGGAGGCAUUCACAGGGAGCACUUGGCAAGAGAAAGUAUCUGGCGUCCGAAGCCAGAUGCAGAAGCAUCAGAAGGCCCCAACUGCCGUCCUUCUGUCGGCCCUCGAGGAGACGGCCUGGCUCUUCAACCUUCGAGCCAGUGACAUCCCCUAUAACCCCUUCUUCUAUUCCUACGCGCUGCUCACAGACUCUUCUAUCAGGUUGUUUGCAAACAAGAGUCGCUUUAGCUCCGAAACCUUGACGUAUCUGAACUCCAGUUGCACAGGCCCCAUGUGUGUGCAAAUUGAGGAUUACAGCCAAGUUCGUGACAGCAUCCAGGCCUACGCCUUAGGAGAUGUGAGGAUCUGGAUUGGGACCAGCUAUACCACGUAUGGGAUCUAUGAAGUGAUACCCAAGGAGAAACUCGUGACAGACACCUACUCCCCAGUGAUGAUGACCAAGGCGGUGAAGAACAGCAAGGAGCAGGCCCUCCUCAAGGCCAGCCACGUGCGGGAUGCUGUGGCCGUGAUCCGGUACUUGGUCUGGCUGGAGAAGAACGUGCCCAAAGGCACGGUGGACGAAUUCUCAGGGGCAGAGCUCGUGGACAAGUUCCGAGGAGAAGAAGAGUUCUCCUCUGGACCCAGUUUCCAAACCAUCUCUGCCAGUGGCCUGAAUGCUGCCCUACCCCACUACAGCCCAACCAGGGAGCUGAACCGCAAGCUGUCCUCAGAUGAGAUGUACCUGCUGGACUCUGGGGGACAGUACUGGGACGGGACCACAGACAUCACCAGAACGGUCCACUGGGGCACCCCCUCCGCCUUCCAGAAGGAGGCGUACACCCGUGUGCUGAUAGGAAACAUUGACCUGUCCAGGCUCAUCUUUCCUGCUGCUACAUCAGGGCGAAUGGUGGAGGCCUUUGCCCGCAGAGCCUUGUGGGAUGUUGGGCUCAAUUAUGGUCAUGGGACAGGCCAUGGCAUUGGCAACUUCCUGUGUGUGCAUGAGUGGCCAGUGGGAUUCCAGUCCAACAACAUCGCCAUGGCCAAGGGCAUGUUCACUUCCAUUGAACCUGGUUACUAUAAGGAUGGAGAAUUUGGGAUCCGUCUUGAAGACGUGGCUCUCGUGGUAGAAGCAAAGACCAAGUACCCAGGGAGCUACCUGACCUUUGAGGUGGUAUCAUUUGUGCCCUAUGACCGGAACCUCAUCGAUGUCAGCCUGCUGUCUCCCGAGCAUCUCCAGUACCUGAAUCGCUACUACCAGACCAUCCGGGAGAAGGUGGGCCCAGAGCUGCAGAAGCGCCAACUGCUGGAGGAGUUCCAGUGGCUGCAGCAGCACACAGAGCCCCUGUCCGCCGGGGCCCUGGACCCCGCCUCCUGGGCCUCUGUGUUAGCGGUCUCCACUCUUGCCAUCCUCGGCUGGAGUGUCUAGAGGCUCCAGAAGACUUCCCUGUUAACCCUCCAUCUAGACGCGUGUCUCCCUUGCUUGGCUCCCCUCACCCUGCACCGAACAUACUCCAAGAGCCCCUGAUGGCCCAUUGCCUGGAAACCACUGCAUUCAGCCUCCUUCUCCAAGACCAGGCCCCAGGAGCACAGAGCUUCUUGGCCCCAGGUGGCACCUCCCUGCCCCCGGGGUUGUAUACUGCACCCUGGGCUCCUAACCCCAGGCCCUGGGAUAGGAGGGCCAGCUAGACUCUUCUUUCCUGGGAUCUCAGUAGGCCUAACCUAUAACCUAGUACAAACUGCUACAGCUGCUCCCCUCCCGCCAAACAAAAGCCCAAGAGAGCAAUGCCCCUACCACCCAGGGGUGCCAUGGUCCCAGGAGAGCCCAAACCUAUCACCACCUGUUGGGCAUCGCCACAGCUGUUUCCACUCAGCCAGAGCACGAACCAACAACCCCCGACAUGUGAACCCAUGAUUCCUAAACCCUGGGUGGGCUCUAUGCCAAGUAACGGCAAAGGGAGUUAAGCCAUAGGAAUUUGGCUGUGGGGCAGGAGGGAAUGCGGUGAGGCACUCUGGAAUAUGACCCUACCAGAGGCUGGAGAAUAAACUUGGGCAGCCGGACCACGUCACUAUUCUAGACCUCCCUGGCAUUCGGGGAGCCCUUUGAACAUUCCAACACGCAGCCACAGCUACGAUGCUGUUAAAUCCUCCCGCAUCAUUGGAUGGCCCUUCACCUUGUGUAAACAGUGUCUGGUUUCUCCAUUUUACAGACAGGAACACUAAGCUUCAGACAGGGGGUGGGCCGUGCCCAAGGGCACGCAUUUGAUUGGGAGCUGAUGGAGCCAGAUGAGCCGGCACUCCAGCUCUUUCACCCUUCAGCACCAUCCACAGUCCCUGAGCCCACCUCCCAGCCCUCUCCUCAUACGCUGAGCCCACUCUGGUGAGAAGAAUUUGCUCCAGCCAAAUUGGCCGUUAACCACCUGGGUUCACAUCCUGCUAAGACGUUUAAAACACCCUAGCAAAGACACUCGCCUCUGAGUUUUGCAUUGUGUCUGCUGUGUUGCCAGAGACUGCUGUCACCUGUGGCUUUUGUGGUAGGGGAGGAGGAAGAGAAGGGGAGGUGAGGGGUGGGGACUUGAGGCUCCUAGAAGCUCAGCGGGGGAGCACGUGGGCUUGAGAACGUGUGGGUGAGCAUGUAUAUGAGUAUGUGUGCCCAUGUGCGCAGACGCACGUGCAUGCCACGCCCAACCAGCUAACCUCCAGCCAGUGCUAAGGAUAUUGCAACCUUGUAGAGGAGACAGAAAGAAACCCUACACUGGGAAACUUGUCAAAUGUUGCCCAGAAAAGUUGGAGCUAGCACCUUUGCCAAGCAGAGCACAGUUGGUGGAAGGAAAGGACCAAGGCUCUGGGUGCACGGUGCUGGGCAAAGGUACCAGGCAGAGAAAUCCCCUGGCCUGGGACCAUCAGGCCUAGUCUGCUGAGUGUGAGGGUGACCUGUAAUGGUUACCACCACCAGUACUGGCAUCCAGAGGCCCCAGCCCUCACCCAGGCUUACUGAGAACACAAAGAUGGGCCUCUGUUUGCUGAGUCAUUUGUUCCCUCACCUGCUCACCUCACAAAAACAGCUACUACUAAUAAAAUUACAGUCCCCAUCACCA